UGCUUGUAAGUUAUUACAAACGUACAUUUUGCAUUUUGACUUCUGUUGUGGUUGUAUUAUUCUUCCAGCAUGAGCAUCUGUUUUCUCUCGUAAAUAGGGUAUAUAUGGUUUAAUAGCUGCUGUGCCUAACUUUUUUGCACUUAGAAAUAUGCAUGUAUACAUGGGAUAAUUGGCUUUUAAAAGGAGCAAGAAAAACACCCUACUGAUCAGUUCACUGGGAUAUAUAUGAUGUAUCUUUCAAAGGGUUGUAAGUGUGAAGAAGUUGUUCUGUGCUUGUGCUUCUGCUGCUAUUUCCUAUUGGCUGCUGGUCUGAUCACUGACCCCACUGAAGUUGACGCAUUAAGAAUCAUAAAGGGAAGUCUGAUAGAUAUUAAUGGAAAUUUGAGCAACUGGAAUCGUGGAGACCCAUGUACAUCUAACUGGACAGGGGUUAUGUGCUCCAAUACAACAUUAGUCGAUGGCUAUCUACAUGUUCUACAAUUGCAUCUACUGAACUUGAACUUGUCUGGAACUUUGGCACCGGAGAUUGGCCGCUUAGCUUAUCUAGAAGUGUUGGACUUUAUGUGGAAUAACAUAACUGGGAGUAUACCGAAGGAAAUUGGCUUUAUCAAUCCUUUGAGACUCUUACUCCUGAAUGGAAAUCAAUUAACAGGUGAGUUACCAGAAGAGCUUGGAUUUCUUCCAUUCCUGAAUAGAUUGCAAAUAGAUCAGAACAAUGUCACCGGACCUAUACCUUUAUCAUUUGCAAAACUAAGCAGCCUUGUACAUAUUCACAUGAACAACAAUUCACUUAGUGGCCAAAUCCCACCAGAGCUUUCCAACUUAGGAAGUCUUCGUCACUUUCUUCUUGACAACAACAACUUAACAGGAUAUCUCCCCUCUGAGUUCUCUGAGAUGCCAAGCUUAAAGAUUGUUCAAUUUGAUAACAACAACUUUAGUGGAAAUAGCAUUCCAGAUUCUUAUGCCAGCAUGUCCAAAUUGACGAAAUUGAGCCUUAGGAACUGCAACUUGCAAGGACCAAUUCCUGAUUUGAGCACAAUGCCGCAGCUUACUUAUCUUGACCUCAGUUUCAAUCAAUUGAAUGAUUCAAUUCCUACUAAUAAGCUUUCAGACAAUAUCACAACCAUUGAUUUAUCAAACAAUAAGCUUAUUGGAACUAUUCCAUCCUAUUUUUCUGGUCUUCCACGUCUUCAGAAGCUGUCAAUUGCAAACAAUUCAUUGAGUGGAAGUGUUCCAUCUACCAUUUGGCAGGACAGGAUUUUAAAUGGACCAGAAACACUUCACCUGGACAUGCAAAAUAAUCAACUUACUAGUAUAUCGGGCAGUAUAAGUCUUCCUCCAAAUGUCACACUCUGGCUUUUGGGAAAUCCUAUGUGCUCAAAUAAUAACACCUUAGUUCAGUUCUGUGGACCUGAAACUGAAAGUGACGGUAGCAUCAAUGGUAACUUCAGCGUUAGCUGUCUCAGUCAAGCAUGCCCGUCCCCUUAUGUAUACGCUGUGGACUGUUUCUGUGCUGCACCGUUGGUUGUUAAUUAUCGAUUAAAAAGUCCAGCAUUUUCAGAUUUCCGCAUAUACACGAAUGCAUUUCAGAGCUUGAUGUCAAGUGGUCUUAAAAUACAUAUUAGUCAGGUCUUCAUUAACAGUUUUGCAUGGGAAGAAGGCCCACGGUUGGGAAUGAACUUGAUGGUUUUUCCUAUAUAUGUUGAUAAUAGAAGCUCUCCUCGUUUCAAUACAAGUGAGGUUAUUCGGAUCAGAAACUUGUUCCUAGACUUUGAUGUUCCAAGCAAUGACUUGUUUGGACCUUCGGAACUUCUAGACUUCAUUCUCCUGGAACCUUACAGAAAUGUGAUUUUUACCUCUCCAAGUUCAGGGAUAAGCAAAGGUGCACUGGCUGGAAUAGUCUUAGGUGCAAUUGCCCUGGCAGUUACAUUAUCUGCAAUUGUUGCCAUUCUUAUAUUAAGAAUACGCUCAAGAGAUUAUCGUACACCUUCCAAACGGACAAAAGCAGAAUCAAGGAUCUCCAUAAAAAUUGAAGAUAUAAGAGCAUUUGAUUAUGAAGAAAUGGCUGCGGCUACAAACAAUUUUAGUGACUCUGCACAAAUUGGGCAAGGGGGUUAUGGGAGGGUUUAUAAAGGUGUUCUUCCAGAUGGUACUGUUGUUGCCAUAAAACGUGCACAGGAGGGUUCACUGCAAGGUGAGAGGGAGUUUCUCACUGAAAUACAGUUGCUAUCAAGGUUACAUCACCGCAAUCUUGUGUCUCUUGUUGGAUAUUGUGAUGAAGAGGGUGAACAGAUGUUGGUUUAUGAAUACAUGCCAAAUGGAACUCUAAGGGAUAACCUUUCUGCUUAUUCAAAAAAACCUCUUACUUUUUCCAUGAGGUUGAAGAUUGCUCUAGGGUCUGCUAAAGGUCUUCUGUAUCUACACACCGAAGUAGAUUCUCCAAUAUUCCACCGAGAUGUCAAGGCCAGCAAUAUAUUAUUGGACUCCAAGUUCACUGCAAAAGUUGCUGAUUUUGGACUUUCAAGACUUGCCCCAGUUCCAGAUAUCGAAGGAAACGUACCUGGUCAUAUAUCUACAGUGGUAAAGGGGACCCCGGGUUAUCUUGAUCCAGAGUACUUCUUAACUCGCAAAUUGACUGACAAGAGUGAUGUUUAUAGUCUUGGUGUUGUAUUUCUGGAACUUGUGACUGGGAGGCCACCAAUCUUUCAUGGCAAAAAUAUUAUUAGACAGGUUAAUGAGGAAUACCAAUCUGGUGGAGUAUUUUCGGUUGUUGAUAAACGUAUCGAGUCUUAUCCUUCUGAGUGUGCGGAUAAAUUUUUGACUUUAGCCUUAAAGUGUUGCAAAGAUGAACCAGAUGAGCGGCCUAAAAUGAUAGAUGUGGCCAGAGAGCUUGAAAGCAUCUGUUCUAUGUUAACUGAGACCGACGCUAUGGAGGCAGAAUAUGUUACAAGUGAUUCUGGAAGGGUAUUCAAUCCACAUUCUUCUUCAUCUACUACCAGGACUCCUUUUGUUUCAGCAGAUGUGUCAGGUAGUGACCUUGUCAGUGGAAAGAUACCAACCAUUAGGCCAAGAUGAAAGUUGGAAAAGAUCAGCUUUAAUAAAUGUAGUUUUUCUAAUAUCAGAAUGUCAAUACCCUCUAAAUGGCUAAAAUAGAAUUUUGGUUCCUUAUCUAUAUUUUAGAUUUCAGUUUGUUCCCUUAUGUUCAAAAAGUUUCACUUUUGUCCCUUAAAUUUUCUUAGUUACACCAAAUUGGUCCUUCCAUAAGUUUAUCACACUAAUUUGAUCAUUUUGGUGACAUGUGGUAAACUAUAAGAGAAGUCACAUCCGCCUAAAUUGACACCAUCAGUGCUAAAAACUGACAAAAGGACCAAUUUGGUUUAACAGAGACACUAUAAGGUGCCAAAGUGAAACCUUGUAAGGGACAAAAUUGAAACCUAAAAUAUAGAUAAGGGACCAGAAUUCUAUUUUAGCCCUCUGCGAAUUAAACAAUGGAACCACCAAAUGUACUAUUUUUCAGUUAUACUUGUUAAUUUGUUUUGUGUGCUUCCUAUUUUAAGGUUAAUUGACAGAGAACUGGUUUGUAAGUUAUAUUAUAUUGAUUUUGUACACCCAUCUAUAUAUAUAUUUACAAUGUGUAAUAGCUGAAACAGAGGUGAUGAGUGAUGACAUUGCUACAUCAACCACUUGAAUUUUCUUCAA